AUGUGUGGGACAUGUCAGGAGUUGCAGUCAAUGAUAUUUGGAGGUGGGCUGCAUGUGGCAGGAAGAAGGAAGAGGAGGACAGGAGAAGGUUUCCGAAUGGUGUCCGGGCUAGGAGGUGGUCUUGGAGUAAGGACCCAAGAGGCAAAGGACUGGACUUUGGUCAAAGUGAGUCCACUGACUGUUUGCACAAUUUCUUGGACUCCACUAACUAAAGGGCACACAGCUCCUGUUUGGCUGAAUGGUCUAGCUGGCCAUCUUCUGAAAGAAUGGCUUUCCCAGAAGGAUUUGGAUGGGGGGCCUCCACUGCAGCUUAUCGAGUGGAAGGGAACGGUGUCCUGUUCUAUUUCUGGUGGCCACAAAGCAGAGCCUAAUCUCCUGUGCUGCCCCAUCUCCUGGGAAGCUGAAGAGUACAACAGCUGCAAGAUAGGAGAGAAUGGAGCUGGAGGGCUGAGUCUGGUCUCUGUCCUACCACACAGGAGCAUACACUCCAUGUACAAAAUUUUCCACACCUCCAUUGGCUUCCUGGACAGUGUUGAAACGUACCCACUGGCAUCACUAUUGACAUAUGUGGGUUAUGUAUGGGAAUGUUCUAUAAAUGGUUUUGGCUUUUUUAAUGACACCUACAACUAUCUUGAUAAACUAUAG